ACACGCGCCCGGCUGCGGACAGCGCGAGCGCCGACGGUUCCCGCCCAGGAGAGCACGCCUCGUCUCGCAGUGAGGACGGCCCGUUGCUGUGGCGACAGGAGAGUGGGUGGGGGUGGGGAAGGUGUGGCCAGAGGCAAGGUCACGCGGUGGCGGGAAAACGUCGACGGACUGUAGAGGAUUUGAUUGAUUGAAAAAUGGCUCAUAAACCAACAGGACGAAGAAAUUCUGUUAAAAACCAGGAGAAAAAAAACUAUGAUUCAUUGUACGGGUUCAAUGAGGAAAAUGAGAAAAAGUUGGGAUGCAGCUAUGAAGAUGAAAAACUAGAGGAGGCUGCAUUGGCACUUGGGAGGAAACGGCCAGCAUCCAGUGCACACACUCAGCAGGAAGAGGAAAUGGACGACAUUAAUGUUGGUACUGAUGUGGCGACCAUGCUUGAGCGAUUUGGGGCUGAUAUUAAUAAGGCUAUCCUGGCAAAGAAGAAACGACUGGAGGUGUAUACUAAAUCUUCAUUAAAGACCAGCAACCAAAAGAUAGAACAAGUUUGGAAAGUGCAACAAGAAGAAAGACAAAAGCUGUCUGAUGAUUACUGCAAGCAGUUCACUGGAAUCUUCCAGCAAUGGGAGAAAGAUAUUCAGAAGGCCAAAGACCAAGAAGAGAAAAUAGAAAACCUAUUCAGGCAGCAACAGAAGCUUUUUCAACAAAUGAGAGUGGUCCAGGGGCAAAGGCUGAAGAGCAUCAAGCAGUUGUUUGACCAGUUUCUGAAGAAUUUAGAGGAUUUGGAGAAGAGUCACACAGAGCAGCAGUCGGCUGUGCAGAGCGAGCUUCGCAAGGAGAUGGCCCUUUUUCAGAAAAGGAUUUUAAUGGAUACUCAACAGCAGGAGAUGGCCACUGUGCGGAAGUCUCUACAAUCCAUGCUAAUGUGAUCUCAUCUGGUGAACACAAACCCUCAGAAACCAUUCUAUUAAUACUUCUGUGAUGUUGCAGCAACAAACUCAGUUUAUCGUUAUAAUCUCAAAGUUCUGCUUGAUUUUAAAGAUGCCUUCAACUUAUCAUAGCAGUAAAGGUUUUGCUCUUUAAGUCUUGGCCAUGAUGUUGAAGUUGUUAACCAGAAUUAAAAAUGUUUUACUCUG